AUGAAUAAUAAUAUUUUAAUAAAUAUAUAUUUAAUUCUUUUAUUCAUUGGGUGUGUUUAUUGUGCCUCUUGUAAAUCAAAAUGUUAUCAAAUUGAAAAAUCAUGUCAAGAUUACUCUGGAAAUAGUUUAACCUGUGAUCUAUUUAGUUUAGAUGGUUGCUUAUCGAAAUGUAAUUAA